AUGGGUCUGAAAGCCUUCCUUAAGAAAGAGCACAAAGCGCCCUCGAACGACGAUGUUGCUUCUCACACAACCGCAUCAGAGAAGGACGAUAUGGAGCAGGCAUACGGACACAACACCGACAUCACCACUGGAUGGACAGGUGAUGGAUUCGCUGGGGCGACAGAAUACCCAAACACUCCAGGAGAGAAUUACCUCGGAAUUGGUAUCCUCAGUUUGCCCUCCGCUUUGAAGACGCUCGGCCUGAUACCCGGAAUCAUCGCAAUCCUUGGAUUUGGUAUCUUGACAACUUACUGCGGAUACAUCCUUCUCCAAUUCUAUCGAAAAUACCCCAUGGUUACGAACUUGGUCGACUGCGCAUUAUACGUCGGAGGCAAGCCAUUCGAAACCUUUCUCGGAAUUGCCUUUGUUUUCAACCUUGUUCUCAUCUGCGCUUCCGCCAACAUUACUCUAUCGGUGGCUCUCAACACGCUGUCGCGCCAUGCUCUCUGCACGGUGGCUUUCCUGGCGUUUCCUCACAUCCUCUGUUGGCUACUCUGCAUCCCACGAAAGCUCUCUUUCGCCGCCGCCGCUAGCUGGGUAUGCACGAUCUCUAUUGUAGCUGCGGUUCUAAUCGUUAUGAUUGCGCUUGGUGUUGCUGGACCAAACGCCCCACCCGGAUUCGAGGUUUCGAUAGAUUUAGUUGGGAAGCCGACUUUCGUCGAGGCAGUAAACGCUCUGCUGAACGUGGCUUUCGCUUUCGCUGGAAACCAGAGUUUCAUCAGUGUCAUGGCUGAGAUGAGAGACCCAUCCAAGGACUUCCCUCCUGCGCUCUUUAUGCAGAAAUCUUUCGAAGUGGUCAUCUACAUCGUAGUCGCCUGUGUCAUCUAUGGCCUUGCAGGCAAUGCAGUCACAUCGCCCGCGCUCGGCUCGGCUCCCGAAUUGACUGCCAAGAUUGCUUACGGCAUUCUUAUCCCCUCGGUGCUGGGAACUGGUCUGAUUAUUGGCAUUACAGCCAUCAAGUUUAUGUACAUUACUAUUAUGCGAGCUGCAAAGCCUGAGCAGGUAAACGUCCACAACACGUUCACCUGGACUCUGUGGAUCGGCCUCGGCGCCCUGUUCUGGAUCGUAUCCUUCGUCAUCUCCAACGCGAUUCCAAUCUUCUCGUCGAUUCUCAAUAUCUCGUCCGCCAUCUUUAUCUCAUGGUUUACGUUUGGACUCACGAGCAUCUUUUGGCUGCAUCUGAACUGGAAGACGCAAUGGAGUUCACCGCAGAAGAAGGCCCUGGCUGUUGUCAACUACGGCAUCAUGCUGAUGACCAUCUUUCUGAUGUCAUCGCAAUCGCCUGUCAUGUUGCGCAACGCAGCUCUAGCGACCGCGCUGUUCUUCGGCCUAGCAGUCUCCGACGCUGCUGUGCCAACCGCUCAGACGAAGAAUGGAACGUAUGUCGGCAUACACUCUGCCGAAUAUGAUCAGGACCUUUUCUUGGGUAUACCGUAUGCUCAACCGCCCGUGGGCAGUCUUCGCUUCAGAAAUCCUGUUGGCCUCAACACCACCUGGGACGAGACGAAGUCGGCUACGCAGUACUCUACUGAGUGCUACGGAUAUGGCUCUGAUCAAUGGAACUAUCCGGUCUCGGAAGAUUGUCUGUACCUGAAUGUUAUUCGUCCGGCAGGAUGCAGUGAGGAUGAAAAACUUCCAGUCGCAUUCUGGAUACACGGAGGUGGCUUCUUCCAAGGAGGAGGUGUCGAUCAGCGCUAUAACCUCUCUUUUACCGUGGAGAAUGCUCAAAAGAUUGGAAAGCCCAUCAUUGGUGUGACCAUCAACUACCGACUAUCUGCCUGGGGCUUCCUGAGUGGAAGUGAAGAAGUCAGGGAUACCGGAAACCUGAAUUUGGGCCUGAGAGAUCAGCGUUUGGCGCUGCAGUGGGUACAGGAGAAUAUCGAAGCCUUUGGAGGCGACCCCAAACAAGUGACUAUAUAUGGCGAGAGCGCUGGUGGAGCAUCCGUUGGAUUCCACUUGACAGCCUACAGUGGACGUGACGACAAGCUCUUCCGUGGUGCUAUUAUGCAGAGUGGCAACCCCAUCAACUUCGGGCCUCUUCCGGACCCAGCAGUAGGCUAUGCCGACAUGUAUAGCGAGCUCACUCGCCGAACCAACUGUGCAAAUACUACCAGUCCACUCGAAUGUCUACGUCAGUUGCCUGCUGAGCAGCUAAACACUGCUCUCAACACCACAACUCCGACCUUCAACAUAACGAACUUCAUGCCUUGCCUGGAUGGUGACUUCAUUCAGAAGCGCACCUCUCUUCAGCUUGAAGCCGGCGAGUUUGUGCAUGUUCCAAUUAUCUCGGGUGCCAACUCGGAUGAAGGUACAGCAUUCAGCCCUCAGCCUGUAAACUCCACCGAGGAUCUUCGUACCUUCAUCAUGGCGAGCGGAGUUCCUGCCAAUCUGACAGAGCAGCUACUUGCAGCGUACCCUGACGAUCCUUCCGUCAAUGUUAUCGCAAGCUUGGGUAACCUCACCCUAGGCCCGGCAUUUGGAGCGCAGUUUCGCCGCUCAGCGUCAUACUUUGGCGACCAAGUCUUCAUUGCCAAUCGUAGGUUGACAUGUCAGACAUGGGCUGCUGCCAAUGUGUCAGCAUACUGUUAUCGCUUCAAUGCGAUCCCGGCUGGCCUCCCUGCUGCAGUCGGUGUCACGCACUUCCAAGAAGUCGCAUUCGUAUUCCUCAACCUACAAGGUGUUGGAUAUCGGCCCGCUGCUACUCCUCCAUUUGAGAACAAGACCGAGAACUACCGUGACCUUUCAAGGUUCAUGAACAGCAACUGGGUCAGUUUUAUCCAUGAUCUCGAUCCCAACUCGUGGAGGGAGACGUACGAUUUCAAUGGAACAGAGCCCAUGUGGCCUCGAUACGAUAACGCUAAUCCGAUGGACUUUGUGUUCGACGCCAAUGUGACGAGCUAUGCGGAGCCGGAUACGAUGGAUGCGCCAACUCCGCCAAACAGUCAACUGAGCGCUGGCAAUGGCACGCCAAUUGCGAUCGGCGGCGCAGCCACUAUGUCCGCUCCUCCGCAUCCACAUGCAGAAGCGCAAUCGACAACGCCCAUGCGACCUACAUGGUCGUCGCAAAUGUCUACCUUUCCCACAAAUAGCGGCGCUGCCGGAGGUCCAAACUUUGCCCAGUAUUCGGCAUCCACCGCUGCGAUUCUUGAACGCCUCCAAGGAAAGAAUGGCCAUGCCGCCGGAAGUGCUGCCUUCGAGGCGAAGCGAGCAGAGAUCUUGCAGAGUUAUGUUACUAGCGACAAACUACCAACGCCUCCGCCGGCUGCGAGUACUGGGCGUAGAGGAAGAGGGGGGAGAGUCAGCACACCAAGUGGACUGAAGACGGAAGUUGGCGCAUCACCUUCGGGCCCUUCAUUUGGUCGUGCAUCUGGCAGAGGGCGCGGACGGGGUCGUGGAGGGCGUGGCGGACGCGGGGGCAGAGGCGGCAAGCGGAAACGUUCCGAGAGCGACGAGGAGAGCGACAACGACAACGACGACUCCGAUGUCCCCGACUCGUACACUCCACUACCCACACGAACCAAGUCCGGCCGAAGUAUAAACAAGCCCGUCGCAUUCGUACCCGUCAUUCCGGAGCCAGCUCAAGGCGUUAAGCGGAGGAAGUCGACCAAGACCCUACUUGCCGCAAAGUGCAAGACCUGUCAUCGAGAGACGGAUCCGUCCAACAACCGGAUAGUCUUCUGUGAUGCGUGUAGUACCGCAUAUCACCAAUACUGCCACAAUCCGCCAAUCGACAACGAGGUUGUCACUGUGCUUGAGAAAGAGUGGCUAUGCGGACCAUGCAUACGGGCCAAGCAGACAGUCGUGGAAGGCGCACAGAAUCUGAUCGCGGCCGAGGACUUGACUAUAGAUGAGAAACGCGCAUACUUUAAUACGCUCCCACAAAACCAACUCGUCGGCCUCCUCCUAACAGCCACAAUUCGACAUCCAGAACUGCCCAUAUUUCCCCCCAACAUAAAGAAUCUCAUGACAAACUUCUCCGCUAUCAAGUCGGAAACGCCCCAGCAACAACAACCUUCGGCUACCCACCACUAUGCUAAUUAUCAACCCCCACCAAACUUCAGUUUCGCCCAGAUGACCUCGCCCCCAGACGGCCACACAACAACACAUCACACACCGCAGUUCUCGUCGCAUUCACACUCGGAGAUGGACCCUGCAGAAGCACAGCUCCUUGGUGAAAGCAGCCACCAGCCGCGCACGACCAUAGACCUGGCCGGCAACCAGUACGAAGAAGACGAUGGUUACGACACCGAUCCGCCAGCACACUACCCCAAAGCUGGUAACGGACUCGCACGAACACUACGCCCAGAGAGCGAAGACCUGAAUUGGCUCGUCGACGACAACUUUGAAGUGUUUAGCCAUGGAUGGAAGGGAGACGGGACGGGCAUGGGCGCCGAUGGUACCAUGGACGCUAUGGACGGACAGAAAGCAGUCUAG